AGACAGACAAAUGCACCUGAUCCUCUGCAGCGCGGCACUUCCCCAGUGCUGGCGAUCGGGAGCAGGUGAGGUGAUAGACAAUCGUUUACAAGUGAAACUGGGAUACCAGAUUGAUACUUACCAGACCAUUAGUAUUCAUGCACUAGCAGUUGCGAGCUUGUGGUUGACCUAAAGAAGUAGUGAUUUGUAGGAAGAGUUGCGAGGAACAACAAGAGACGCCAGACGGGCUAUGCGUGCAUACUCACCAGGAGUAACGGAGUUGGCAUACAGGAAUCAUCCAACCAACAAGCAAGCGUCUGAGGAGAUUCGUGCAGGCCGUGUGGUGUACAAGUAGGUGACAGCGGUUGGCGAGGAGGAUUCAGAAGGGGAGCAGGUUGUUGCUGUGGCGGCGGACAUUGCACAUGCACACGUCACAGUGCUGAGCAGCAAUCCGAUGAUGCUGCAGCGCACACUCUGCAUACUGGCAUCAUGGCUCCUGACUGUAGCGUCAGCGACAGGAACGAGGAUUACGACUGGGUCUGAUCGCAAUGUAUUCCGAGGUCCGUGUCCUCCAAGCACAUUGAGCCCUGGUCAAACCUGCACCCGCGAGGACGUCGGAGCCGAUCUUUACCUUGGCGGACUGUUUCCAGUCCACAGGUACGACUCGGCUGCCCAGUCAUGCACAGAUGCAACAUUGACAGCAGAGUUUCUGCAGAUGCCGGAGGGAAUGAGACACGCCGUGAUGCUCGUCAACAACAGCACGCGGCUCCUGCCCAACAUCACGUUGGGUUACGAGAUGCGAGACACUUGCAUUUCUCCAUCGCACGCCCUCCUGGAGUGUCUAGAAUUCCUGGGCCGAUCAACUGACAACGAGAACUGCACUGAAGCAGAGUCUGUGUCCGGGGAGAGGACACGUCCCAACGUUGUCGGUGUGGUGGGGGCUGCCAUUAGUACGUUGAGUAUCAAGACCACCGAGUUGCUGGGACCAUUCAAGAUUCCCAUGGUUAGUUACGCCUCCACCAGUCCACGGCUCAGCAACAAACGGGAGUUCCCCUACUUUCUGCGCACUAUUCCCAGCGACGCGUUCACCGCGCAGGCCACGGCCAGUAUGAUUAGGGAUAUGGACUGGCGGUUCAUUGGCUUCAUACAUACAGACGACCAUUACGGCCAGGAUGGUGUGAACAUGAUCAAGACCGCACUGGGCUUGAGCAGCGCCGAGUGCACGAGUUCCUCCUCGGCCGAGUCCCUUACGGCGCGAUGCCAGUCCAGAACCUGGGUUAUACAGCGGCACCUUCUGGAGAACGAUACCAUUUACCUGAAGAUCUGGAACGACCUUCUCUACUCGCGGCCAGAGAAUCAAACAACAGUUAUUGUUCUCUUCUCGCAGAAAACUGAGGCAAUCAAUUUCCUUGGUUAUUUGAAGCACUGCCACCCCGAUAGUAAGCUGUAUGAUGACGCCCUACACAAGAACAUCACUUUCAUUGGGUCGGAUGGUUGGGGAGACUCUGCUGAGGUAGUCAGAGGCAAUACAGAACUGGUCCAAGGUGCCGUCAGCGCUCUGCCCCGGGCGCCGUCCUACGAGCCCUUUCGCCGGCACUGGGCCGGCCUGACGCCAUACAGUCAUCCGGAGAAUCCUUGGUUGAGGGACCUCUGGCGCAGUGUUUUCCACUGCAGCCAGGAGAGUCCAGACGCCCUGGCUACCGGCCAGCCAGUCCCAGCCUGCCUCAAAGAACAAAAGCUGGCCGACGAGCCUAUGAUGGGUAAAAUUCCGUACAUCUACAAUGCUGUGUUUGCUUUUGCCGCAGCCCUUGACAAUAUUUACCGCGGUGUUUGUAGAUUCAAUGUUACGUGCUUGAAGCGACGGGCAUACACAGACCUCUUUCGGGAGCUGCGUUCGGUCAAGUUUACUACCAUAUUUGACUCACAGUUUGAGUUUGACGCUAGCGGAGAUCCGGGUCUGCCCCACUACGACAUCAACAACAUUCAGGUAGCAGCUAAGGGACAGUCGGCACCGCAAACACCUGCUGCUACGCCAAGUAGCAAGGCUUCAAAGGCAUCACCGUUUCAGAUAGUGGGGAAGUACGAGGCUGAAUUGCUGAACAUCAGUGUGGAGACAUGUAAAUUCACUGCUAAUGGAAGUGUACUAUUUGCAUUGCCCGGUGGAGAUGCAGCUGCUUGUUUCGCGGAGAGCAUUUAUCUGAACGAGUCCCUGGUGGUCUGGAACUCUGGCCAUCAUGAUCGCCCCAUAUCUCUGUGCAGCACUACCUGCCCACAGGCUGGCUACAAGCGGGCGUUCAGUGGCAGACUGUCCUGCCAGUCGUGCUGCUGGCAGUGCACUGCCUGUCCUUCCAACUACUUUUCCACGUCGCCAAGCAGUGCCACAUGCAGCCCAUGUCCCAGCAACCAAUCCAGCAGCGAGGCUGCUUCCGGAUGCACAGAUGUGCCGCAACACGAGUACUCCGGUGGAAGUGGCCUGCCUAUUGUUCUGACGUGCAUUGGCGUGUUGGGCAUGGCCAGUGCGAUAGCCGCCAUCCUGUACAGUGCCAGGAAGGCAGCCAGCAGCUUCUUUGUGCUGGGCCGAGAGCCCACAUUUGCUGCCCUGGCUGGACUGCUCCUGGCCUAUAUGUCCGUUCUUGUGCAGAGUUCCGGUCCCAGAGGCGGUGCAUGCUUCAUGAGAGCCUUUCUGUCAGCAAUAGGCCUCACUGCACUGAUAUCUUCCCUGCUAGUGUUUGCCCUCUACCGGAUAACGUCACUACACGGGUUGACACUGGGCAUGUUGCUGCGAUCGACUAGAAACCGUCUUCUGGCCACGGCAGCUGCGGAGUGCGUCACGUGUGCAAUUGUUAUCAUCGCCUGUGCCGGCGGACAGUGCUCGUCCGCGCUGCAAACUGUCCACACGCACGUCAGCACGGAGCGACGCUGCGGUUUCCGCUCCGUUGACACUGCAUGCCUGCUGUACGUGUGUGUGCUGAACAUCGCCCUGAUCACACUAUGCGUUCUUGUCAUAUACCGGGUGAAGCGCAAAGGGGGUGCCUUCAGUGAUUGCUACGAGAUGACGUCGCGGCUCCACCCACUGACAGCUGUGGCAGCGCUGGUGACCACCAUUCUGACAAUCGUCUUCCUGGUUUCUCAGCAUGCCGGUCAGAACUGGUCAGCGCAGGUGGAGGAUGCAAUACUUCACGUCACCACCCUGCAGAUUGCCACUUCCUACUUCCUCAUCGUGCUCUUUCAGCCCAUACGCAAGCUGGGCACCAUCAUGGAAACACAAGAUAGAAAUGCUGACUCUAACAAGCCGGGCAUGGGAAAGUUUCGACUAGUGGUGCACGGACCUAGUGAAUUCUCCUCCGCCGGUUUUGACAGAGCUGCUGCCAAUACCAACGCGUUCCCAAACAUAUGUGGCGACACGGGUCGCUACCAAAUGAGCGUCGGAAUGGUAACAUACUUUGGUAGUGAACUCGGCAAAGAUGAUGAUGUGAUCAAAGAUCAAUACAGCGAUGUGGAGAGUGUGUGUGAUGUGAUUGCGCUGGGAGGUUUGGAGGCAAAAGCGGAUCCAGGCCUAGUUCGACUUGAGCCAGAAACUGAGAAGCAACAAGAUGGAUUACCAGCCGGGCCACCAGAAAAUAAUGACAUGGACUCAGAAGCUCAUGCCACAAAAUGUCAGUUGAUACCACCUGCCGUCGACUUGAUUCUCUCACAUGAAGACGAAACUGAGGAUUCAACUCCGACCGAGAAUCUAGGCAAGACGGUUUUCUGCGUUGUGAAGCGGAUUGGCAGCGUCGACUCAGCACGGUCCAUCCGGAGCACCCGACCCCCGUCCGUUGUGGCUGCAGGGGCUGGGCCCGGUCAACUACAGCUGCCUCCCUGCCAAGAGCAUGGAGCAGGCUGUGCAGGAGAUGAAGAUGACUGCUGGGUGCAAGUUGUAGCACAGACAAAGAUGUAGACACUUUGGCAAUUCCUUGAAGUAUACACAUGUGCACAUGUACAGUGGUUCCUUAUACCGGUCCAUGUAGUUUAGUGAGCUGAGAAAGUGGCUGUCAGAGAGUACCACAUCGGUGCACUGCUGUGCGGAGUAGUCCAAUUCAAAUCUCAGAUCAAGACCGUGCACUCGAAACAUUUUCGGCCAGGUCAGUAAAGGCACCAGCUACAAUCAAUCAUACCUCUCAUGUAUUUAGUGAUUGCUUGUGUUCAUGAAACUAACACUUACUUGUUUUCCACAUCUCAUAUCUCUCUCUCUCUCUCUGUCUCUCUCUCUCUCUCUCUCUCUCUCUCUCUCUCUCUCUCUCUCUCUCUCUCUCUCUCUCCUCUCUCUCUCCUCUCUCUCUCUCUCUCUCUCUCUCUCUCUC